AUGAUAUCAUUAUUACUUAUUGGAUUCUGUGUAUUCUGGUACAUGGUCAUCUAUUGUCUACUGAGUGUAUUACUCUAUCACUUCAAGUUCAGGUCAUCAAAGCUAUUCGUAUUCGAUGAGAUUGUAAUAUCAACAUCGUUCAACAUCAACAUCACUCAUUCAUUCAAUGAUUAUCCUGAUCAUAGUCAUGGCAACAGCAGUAGCAGCAGUAGUAGUGAUGGUGCUACACCAAAUGGUUUAACAACAAACCAUUUAACACCAACGGAUGGUACUAUCAAGGACUUGGCCGAGACGAAUAGGGUGAUGGAAGCAUUGGCACAAAAGUAUCCUGGACAUAUAGUGAAGCCAGGCCUCAACUACGACCAAUUCAUUUGGUUCAACUAUGGAGGCUCGGUGUCCAAGAUCAUGAUAGUGCACUCAUCCAUCACAGAGUUGGUGGCCGUCAUCAAAUUCCCAUUUGCCUCGAGCACGUUGUAUAGUGCACCGUUGCCUCAAGAGACCUACUCAUUCAUCAUGCGUGGCGACUGUCUGACGUGUACCGACGCCAGUACACUGGCAUUGCCACGACGCCAAUUCGAGCACUUCUUCAUCCCAACCAUGAACUCAUUUGCUCUCUCCGUUCCACAGCAAUGCACCAUGCUCGUAUACGUUCGUGGCAUACUUCCCUUUGCCAUCCUACGUCUGCUACUUGACUGUUUCUUCCGUUCAUUAGAUUUCGUUCAGUUGUUCAAACUACUAUGGUGCAUAUCGCGAUACACAUUGAAUGAACUGAUUUGGAAUCAGAAGAUUUGA